AGGGGGCUGAUGCAUAGAAAACGGGAGAGAGAGGAGAUAUCUGUACAGGGGCAGGAGUGGAGUGCGUGCGAACGAACGAGGACGGCCGUGCUCGCCUUUCGUCGGCGUUUUCGUAUGAGUGCGUGAGUGAGUGCGUGCAUGAGUGCGUCCUCACGGGCAGGUACUUUCGAUUUCCAACGAUUGGCGAGCCUUCGCCGGGUACGACGCUGCACCAGGAAGCGGACAUGAUAGUUACCAUGGAGUGAAAUAGUACGUGCACGGUACGUGGAGUUGUGCUGUUCAUUCCUCUCGGUGCUGUGCGCGUGUGCAAGUGCGAAUGCGUGUGCGUUUCUCACGACAGGUGCCUUUGAUUUUUUCCGAUUACUCUUCGAGUAAAGUAAAGUCGACUCGGACGUCGAAACGUCGAAUCGAAUCGAGUGGCGAGGAAAAAGCUGCAUCUUCCGUUAAUUGUUACGACUCGUCGGUGAUACGACGUAUUCGUCGAGAAUAUCGUUACUCUCUAAUUUUGGUGACACUAGGAAAGAUGAUCGUAUAGAUCAUUGCCGGAGAAACGAAACGUGUCUUCUGUCAACCUCGUGCGCGUGAAAACGUGCAUACAUAUGUGUCAAAGACAUCGAUUUUCCAACGAGCAUACGCAGCUGGUGGUGGUUCUGAUCGUUGGAAGGAUUCGUACGAGCACGAUGAACGCCGAGCGUUGUGCCUGAAACGAAAAAGGACAUAUUUUGACAGCGCGAGAAUCGAAAGAGGCCGAGGGGACGUGUGGUGUCGCGUAGACUCGGGCGCGCGUUUGCGAACGCGCCCAUCGCGCGUCCAACAUGGCUACCACCAGCAACACGACGACAAGCGCCGGCGAAACGAACGGCAGUAACGUGCCACAGUGGAAAAGAGACUUGAUUCAGCGUCGUCGGCAACAGAACAAGGUUCUCGCGAACAACGGAGCCAGUGUGAAGCUAUGUUCAGCGGUGAUCGGCUCGUCGACAACAACGACGACGACAGGCGGGACAUCGGAAUCGGUGGUCGAUCCGACCGGUAGUCAAGAACAGUGUGUAGCCGGCAAUGUGCCAUCGAGAUCGUGGACAACGAGCAGCGGAGAGGACAGUGUGAAUAUGGUUAAUAGCUCGAGUGCUAACAGUGGUAGUGGUGGAAGCGCCAUAGCUGGUGCCGUUGUAUCAUCUUCGCCGUUUUUCUCGAGAGGACCGGCGUGUGGCGCCAUCAUCAGCAGCGGAACGACCGCCGCCACCGACGUUGCCUCGACAGUCGCGUGCAACAUGCGUCUCGAGGUGGAUCUGUCGUUCUGCUCCGACUCGGAGGAUGUUGCGAACGAUACUGUAAGCAAAUCGUCGACGGACAUGGAACGAAAAUCGGAACACGGUGACAGUUCGGAGAUCGAGGAUUCCAAACAGGACGGUAAAGGGGCCGAUUUAUCGGCAGCCUGCGACGAUCAUCGCGCGUGUAGAACGAACAAAGUGGAGAGAGAGCUUCUCGCGGAUUUGUCGAAAAUGAAAGCCGGUAAAAUCGAAACGGAAAUGGCGAGGAAUCGCGCGUCGACCAGCGACGACGGGGAGAGCGACAGUUCGGAAGAACUGCAGUACGGACCGGGAAUCGUGAACAAACUCAAGAGCAAAUACCUUAACCUUACUCUGAAAGAGAUGAACAAGAGUCGCGUCUCGGUACAACGUUUCAGACGCGCCGCGAGUCUCGAGGAUCUGCUAGAUUGUGACGACGAACCGGGAGAGAAGAACGCGAGGAAGUACACGAAAAGGGCGACCACCGGUGCCGCUACGAAAACCGACAGGUACAGAAACGCUUGCCGCGGUAACGAGUCGAUGAAACGAGCCCGAAGCGUCGAAACUCUGAUGAGGUACAACGGGACGGACGAAGUCGGCAGUACCCACGGUGUAUCCGGUCGUGUGGUGACCAACGGUUUGAAGCAGGACCCGGUCAACGAUCACAUUAUCCUGAUCGAUCGUAGCUCGGUGAAAAUAGAGAGCCGAUUGGGCGAGCUGGACAGGCCUAAACCCGUGAACAAGCCGAAAAGAAUCAAACCGUUGCUGGCGGAAACGGAAAGGCCGCCGCCGGAUCUAGUCAAGACCACGAUGAGGAUCUUCGAGGGGUCCGCGAAGAAGCUGAAACCGAAAGGCGAGGUGGCCGCGAAGGUGGCCACGUUCAAAACGAUCAACGACACGUUCAAAGCCCAGGCGCAGAAGAAGGUAGGACCGAAACCACCGAUUCAACCUAAACCGUUCGUCAAUGGGAAUUCCAGAGCGCCGCCAGGAUCGCCGAAGAAAAUCGUGUUGCCGCAGAAGCCCACGGCCGAGCUGAUCGAGAGCCAAGACGGCCAGGAGUAUCACAUCGACGGAGUGAUUACCGAUCCCAUAGUGCAGUCGGUAUCGUCGGUGGUCAGCAAGUUCCAGCAAAUCGAAAAGUCGCACUCCCCAUCCCCGUCGCCCGAGCCAUCCUACAAGUUGAAAUUCUCGCCCGCGCCCAGUCCCGAGCCACAACUAAGUAAAUCGAAAUCCACUCUGGAGAUCAACGUCAAGUCACCGCCUGUAACGCCCGUUCUUUCCCCCAGAAUUUCCUCGCCCAGGUUGCAGAGCCCCUCGUCCCCGAUGAAGGACACGCUCAGGCAAAGUUCACCACGCGUUCACAGUCCUCCGUCCCCGAUGAAGGAUUUCGUCAGGCAGAAUUCCAGCCCCGUCCAUAAGCCACCGCCGAGUCCCAGCAGGGAGUUGCUUAGACAAAUGUCCGUGGCCGAACCCUGUAAGAUCACGCCGCGGCCGCAACUCGAGGAGAACGGGAAUAUCGUCAACGUCGAACAACAUCCGAGGCAGCAGCAGCAGCCUUCCGAGAGGAUACAGCACAGUCCUACGGAUCAAGAGAAGCCCGAGGAGAACAAGCCACCGAUCAACAAUGCGAAUCACAGCGAUGACGAACCGACGGAGGAGGUCGAUGCCCCAAAGACGAUAUCGAAGACCGCACUGGAGAAUAUCGCGAAAACCGGCGUCACGAUGCAGUUCAGUUUCAACGACAAACCGAUCUCCAACAAGAGUUACUUGCCAGGAUUCAAGCAGAAUGGUCAAAAGCCAACGGACGAACGUCAGGCGGAUGCCCGGAUGACCGAAACGAAGUCGUUGUCGCUGGAACCACCUCGGGGCAAGUCGUUUUUGUCCGCGGGUUCCACGAACGUCGUAACGGAUCAAGAGACCGUCUCGAGGCUGCACGAGAGGUUAGAACUGGACAAGUGUGACAGGAAAAUCGAGGACAAUAAAGAGGAUACGAUGGAUACCAAAGCAAACGUCGAAACCAAACCGAUCGGUGCUAUCUGCAGCCUGGGUCUGAUCAAGUCUCCGACCAAUACCUCGUAUCCGCAAGGGAACGAGCUGAAAACGAUACGAUGCCAAAAGGUCGAGUCUCCGCCCCAAAAGCAAAUCGGGAUAAUAAGACCGCUGGUGUCUACCAAGGCGCAGCAUCCUCAGCAGAAUCUGAGCAAUCGGGAGUUGGAGAAAAAUCUGAUCAAUCGAGUGAAAAGUAUAGAACAACCUACCAAGGUUGUGGUUAGCCUAAAGAGCGCCGAUGAGAUUCAACCAGCGAAAAAGUCUGGCACGGGUGGCGCCGGACUGUGGGAGACGAAGCCCUGGAACCAACAAAACAACACCAUGGUGUUCAAUUUCAGUAACCGGAAGGAAGUGCCGGAUUAUAUCGAGAACGACGGACUUAUUAUCAAAAAGAAACGGGAGAAGCCAAAGGUCGGUGACGGUGGUAUCAUAGUGUUGGACACCACGUUGGACGCGUCGGCGACCGACGACGCCGAAUGGGAGCUCGCCGGUGGUCCACCAUCGCCCUGCGACGUGUCUUUCUUCAACGAUAACGUUCUCAUCAACGGUCGCAGCAAUCUCUCGAGGACACCGCGAAAUCACAAGCAUCGAAUACAGUUUGAUGAUACGGCUACCCGUACCUUCGAAUAUCCGAGCGAAGCGUCGAUGCUAGAGGGUGAGAGCAGCGUGGAUGGCGAAACUUCCGGUUCCGUCGAGCAAUCAACUCUGAUCAGCGGUAAAACGUCCUCGACCAAUUCCACGACCAACAUGCCGACCCUACUCGGUGGUGGUGGUGGCCUUGCCAGUUACACUCCUAGCAAAGUGGACUUGACGUCCGAAGGGUUCGAGCUGGGCGUGACCAGAGCCGUAUCAUCGAGUUUGCUGGCAACAUCGACAUCGUCGUCGACGCCGACAACCACCACGUCGAGCCAAGCGGACAACGAAACCGAAGUGGAUUACCUGAAACCGGCUCAAGACGGGGGCGCGUGGGGCUCCGAAACGACCGGUGAUCUCCUCUACUGACGCGACCGAAAAACUCGAAGAUCAGAGCAAGACGCGUGAAGCGGGAAACUCGUUAAAAAGCUCGAAGGAGAGUUCUCUCUCUCCUUGGAAGAGAGAGCAGGGGAUCCCAAAAUUCCGACUACUCACAAGACUAAUGGCAAAGUAUUUUUCUUUCCUUUUUUCGUAGGCAGAGUCGCGGAAACAGUCUUUUUAGAAGAAGGCAGUAACCAGUCGCUAUGAACAAAGAAGAGAAGCAUGUCGAAAGUUUCUUCGAACGUUUCAACGUGACGAUUGCUCACCCUAUCAGUAUAAGCAGAACUGUAACUUUUCGAAAAAAAUUCAUCACCCGACGCGUUCGCGGUCGGAGCGAGCGUUACGUGUGUUACGUAGAUAGUUCGCUGUCGUAAGAAUUGCGCGCAAUACUUUUUCCCGACAUAGGGUACGAAUCAAAAGCGAGAAAGGGCAGUAAAUAUUCGUUCGCGAACGCGUCGAAGCAGAAGCAAUCCUUUUCUUAGGUAAUUAAGCGAAAAGACGGUAUCAUUCCAAGUAUAUGCAUUUCUUUGUAUUAUUACGAUAACGAAGUGAACAGACAUUUCCUAAGUGACGCGUAACUAUAACUGCCAAGAUAUGUCAGUGCAUUUCUUUUUUCGAUAGCACCUUAAACGGAGAGCCCAGUGAUCGGUGAGAAAAUGAAAGAGAGAAAAAAAAAAAAACGAGCAUAUCACCUUUUUGGUACAUUUUUAUAACAAACGAAGAGAAGUCGACGAUGGAACUGAACAUUUUGUAACCUUUUUGAGAUUACUUUAAUGCUGAACCCUUCAACGUUCAAGCUGCCAGUCAAAGGCCAGAGUUUUAUGCAGGAUUUUUAGAAGAAAAAAGAAAACAAAAACAAUUAAAUGCAAUAAGAAAGAAUCGUUGCAGAAAAAAAGAAAACAUUGGAACACUCGAGUUUAGACUUUUGUAAAAGUUUUAGCCAAAGUAGAAUAUAAGUCUACUUGAUAUACUUAAUAAUAUGUAUAUGUACAAUAAGUGAAAGUUUUGGUCCAGGAAUAACAUUGCGAUUGUAAAUUCCGAGAAAUUCGUUAUUUAUACUAAAUGUAUGGUAUAUCAUACAGAUAUCCUUUACGAAUGCUCAAGAUAAGACGAUAGAUGUGUACACGAUAUUUGUUUUGUUGAGUUUGUUUCACUUUUCGUUUCUUACAUUUAGACGUGGACCAAGCAAAAAGAAAAAAAAAAAAAGAAGAAAAGAAAGAAAUUAAUAAUCAAUAAGAAAUAUACGGGGAAAAAUAUCGAUUUGUUAAUGAGUACGAGCGUUAAUUUUAAGCGAAUCAAAUUUUGUACAUAUUAAAUUAUUAUCGAUCUCAAAGUUUCGCAAAGUUUACACACGGAACAAUUAAAUUGCUUUGAGAUCGACUUAUUACGUGUGCUUUUCUGUUUUUCUUUUUCGUUGUCCGUAUUAUGUUUGAAGUGGUUACACGAACGUGGAGAAAUUAAAAAUGUUAUGUUUAAUCGCGUAAAUGUUCGAAGUAUGAUUGCGGCAGUAUGGUUAACUUUCUACUAAGAUUUAAUCGCGUGAUCGCGGACUGAUUCAAGGGUAAACGUGCGAUACGAUGAUAAUAAUUACCGAUAACGAUGCAUUUAUUACACCGAAACAACAACUGUGUUCCAGUUUUCGUCACUGUAUUUAGUAGACGCUAGUAUUCUCAUACUAUUUUCAUUUGAUUUCACGUUAUCGUUUGAUCGAUGCUUGAUGGGUCUGUGUCACAGCGUUGCAUUUUACACUGUGAUAUUUUUCUUACUUUCUCUAAUAACGACAUAUAAUAAUUGCUUCCGAAUAUUUUAAGGGAACCAGAACCGUGUCGACCGCUCAGUUUGUAUUUUCACAGUAUGUACUACGUACCGGAGUGAACGAGAUUACGAUGGACGAAACAUUCCAAAUUCUAAUAGCACGCGUCUUUGCGUUUAACCCAAUCGGUCGAUUGAUUGCGAAUCGAUGUCGGUAAUCUCGCUGCUCCGGUCGAGGGAACUCCGUAUUAUUUCUGUAAAUUAUUGCUGUACAGUAUGGAGAGGCAUCGUCGUUCAAGUAAAGGAUUAAAAGAAGGAAAUAGUAUUAUCCUAAGAUUAUUGUUCUUAUUGUUCUUCUUAUGAUUAUGAUUACUCUCAUUAUUCUUAUUAUUGUUAUCAUUAUCCGAAGCUUGAAUCCACAAUUACCUUAUUGAGUAUACUUACCAGUUAGAAGUAUUGUGUGAUGUAUCGUCUGUGUGUUAUUAAGGUAUUCAAGUAAUAAAAUGAAACAAGUAUGCCCGAA